AUGUCUGACAGCUCGCGGCCGUCGUCGCGCACGCGGUCGCGCCGGCGCUCGGCAGCAGUGUCCGCUGCAACAGCACACAACGCACAGGUCGCGCCACUGCUGCAGCUUCCGCAGGUGUUAGUCACCGAGGUGCUCGUUUGGCUACCUGCGGCGGUGCUCGGUGGCGUGAGCUGCGUGUGCACUGCCUUGCGAGAUGAACACGUGCCGGCCGCCGUGUACGGGCGCGCGGCACUUCUGAGCCUCGUAGUCCCGGAUCCGCCACCAUGCAAGCCGCUCGCCAACGCGCUCGACUUCUUGGAGGAGCUCUUGCGCCGGAGGAGCACGCUGGCCGCAGGAGAAGCGCACACGCUCUGCCUUCAGCCGUCACCGUCAGCACUGUAUUCCUGGGGAGGCAACAGCGACUACGAAGAAUACACCGAAGCGUGGGGUCUUGGUGAGCCCUGCGUCGCCUUCCUGGGCCAUGGCAAACAGGUCGGCAAAAACGUGAGGUCGCCAAGGCGGGUGCGGUCCAUCAUUGACGCACAGGGCUCCUCCGAGCCGGUGGCGAAGGUGUCUUAG